AUUGUCUGUUGAGCUAUCUACAAUUUCAGUAUACAUCUUCUGCUACUGACUGUUGACAUGGUUGAGUUCCGCAAUCUCUAUUCUAGAGUCUAGUUUCGUUAUAAAAAACACAUACUUUGUGGAGAAUUGAACCAAUAGAACCAGGAGCACAGGCUUCUCCUACUCACCAUGGCGUCCAGUGGGCAGUUCGAUGCUGUUAUCCAACAAAAUAUUGGAAAGUAUACUAAUAGAGAUCAGACACAAAGGGAUAUGCAAAGUGUUUUUGCUGCAUUCAAAGACCUACGACCUAAACUAGAUUCCCAUGUUUUUAAUGAUGGAAAAAGAAAGGAGCUCAUCUGCAUUGAUGGAACAAUCCCUGUACUCUACAAAGCCAACACAUACAACAUCCCGAUCUGUGUGUGGAUCCUUGAGACGCACCCACACAACCCCCCUCUAUGCUUUGUGCGUCCCACCAGUACCAUGCUUAUCAAGCCCUCUAAGCAUGUAGAUGCCAACGGAAGGGUCUACCUGCCCUAUCUACAUGAUUGGAAACCAAACAACUCCGAUCUCGUUGGCCUGAUCCAGGUCAUGACGGUCGUCUUCGGAGAGAGCUCUCCCGUCUAUGCCAAAUCAGCAGGGCAGCCGCCGCCCCGCCCCUCCUACACCCCGCAAGGAUGUGGGAUGCCCCAGCACCCCAGUUACCCCCAACCACAGCAAUCCUCCUUUAUGCCGAUGCCGAUGCCAGCCCCAGCCAAUGCUUCCAGCGGCUACUCCCAGCCCCAGUACCCCCCUUCCACCAACUACCAGCCCCCUGCUGUAGGUGGUAGUGGGUACACCCCUGGCUACCAGGGCUCGUCAGGUUACCCCUACCCAUACCAGCCAGGCCAGUCUACUCCAAGCCAGCAGACGCAAAGCCAGCCGUCUUACAGCCCUGCCGCUAUGGCUACAGCUAGCACUGCAGGUUCACAUCCACCAGUUAGUAGUCAAAGUAGUUUAUCAGACGAUGCUAUCAAGGCCUCACUCCAGUCAGCUGUAGAGGACAAACUCAAGAGAAAACUCAAGGAGAACUCAGAAAAAUUCCAGGCUGAGAUGGAUUCACUGACGGCUACCAAGGAGAAGCUGAAGAAUGGUCAGAGGAAACUAGAAGAAAUCAUCAACCAGCUGGAGUCAGAAACGGCUGAAGUGCGUCAGAACACACAGUUACUGAAACAGAAGGAUGAGGAGAUAAAGGCAGCGCUUUCUAAGAUGGAGGGUCGUGAUGAGUUAGAUCUGGAUGACUCUGUAGUACCGACAGCACCACUAUACAAACAAUUGCUGAACUUGUUUGCAGAAGAGAUGACGAUUGAAGACACCUACUAUUACUUAAUGGAAGGACUCAAGAAGGAUGUCAUUAGCAUAGAUGAAUUCACAAAGAAUGUAAGAGAACUGUCGAGAAAGCAGUUCUUACUACGAGCUCACAUACAGAAAGUCAGACAAACAGCAGGAUUGCGAGAGAUCACGCCGUUAUGAGACCACUGUUCAAUCACUUUUAGGAAAAAUAUGUAAAUUUUAUGAUAUAAACAUGUGUAAUAUAUUGAACGGUUUUAGCUUGAAUAAUCUUGGGGUAAUUAGACACACUAGCUUGAAAUAGCAUUGAUGAUUAUCAAGCAUUUGGCAUACUUGCCUAAGAGUUCGCAUAUUCUGAUAUUUUUUAUAUUCUUAUAAAUGCAGCUGUAAGUGACUUUACUCUACUCCUUAACAAUAAUCAGCAUUUGUUGCAACUUUGCUCUAUUAAGUUUUAUUGCAGUUCCCAGUUGAAAAAAAGUUUCAACUGAAAGAAACCUUUUCUGUUGUGAACAGAUAGUCAAUUCUUCACUCUACAUAAAUUGUUGCUGGGUAGGACAAACAUGGUGGCUAGUCUAUAUAACCUAACAACACGUAAAGUAUGCAAUUGACAUUGUGAUUAUUGAAAGACAAUUAUUUGUAACAGGUGAAUGAAAUAAUUUGUAAUUGGCACUUAACAGAGAUAUGUGCAUUAAAUUUCAUUACAUCUUACUCCAUCAGGAAGGUAUUAUCUAGAUUGAAAGAUCAUGAGACACACUACAUUUGAUACUAUUUGAUAACUGUUGAUAAUAGACCUGUUAACUAAUGUAUUUUAAUUCAUGCAUGUUUCUCUCCCUAUUGACUUGUUCCCAACCAUUUUAAUCACAAUCACAAUUUGCAUACCUAAUUGUUGCAAUCCAUGAAAGCUUCUUUCUGUUAAAAAGCCUGUUCAUAAAGAUUUGCAAAAAUAUAACGUCAUGAAAGUUUUUGGUUUUACGUUUAUUCUUUAGUAAUUCUUAAAUAUGCAUCUAAUUCAAUUACAUGACCUAAAUGGUCUAUUUAGAUUUUUAGUAGCAUUUCAAAAGGCAGUCAUGUUAUUUCCUAGACUUUCUUUGAAAUACAUAUAAAUAUAGAAUGUUUUCUAUAUUGCACACUUUUCAAGCUAAUUUUUAAUUAUAACAUUUUACAAGCACAUCUGUGACAGAUUUUUCAUAUCUUCACAAUAUUAAAUUGCCUUUCAAUCCGUAGUCCUAUGUGAACAUCAUAUUUUGGUUUUUAUUGAAAUAAUUCAAGCAAUAUACUGCUAUUUUGUUGUAAAUUUAAUUAAAGAAAAUUCCUAUGACUAAGUGAUAAUUAGUUCAAAGUAUUCUUUUGACAAUAUAUCUCUAAUCAUAUGCAUUUUUGCUGCCAUUGGUUUACUUUAUAAUUUAGAUGGUGUAUAUAUUUCAUUCAACUUAGUGAUAAAUCUGUACAUGACAAAUAAAAAAGAGGAACAAAUAAUACCCCCACACAUACCCCUUUAUUCUCAAUGACGGGUGUCGAGACAAUUUUUGUUUCCACUUUUGGGAUUUGCUGAAGUGUAGAUGAAAUAUUCUAGGGUAAUUUAAAAAAAAAAAAAAUCUUACUAUUCUGAAAUUUCAAUUACGAUUUAUUUAUUUCACUCAUUUGUAAGAUUUAUUGUUUGCUUGUAGUUGUCAUGAUAAAGAAUUUUACCAUUAAUACGCAUCUCAUCCAUUAAAUGAGCAUUGAGGAUAACUCUACCUAUCACUGGUUAAGGGAUAAAUGUAGUUUUAUAUCAUGAAAUAGUGAAAUAUUUCUUUCUGCUUGUAAAUUGUGUAUACAUGUAUCCUUUGAUUAAAUAAAAACUGAUGUAAAUUCCA